AUGAAAACUCCAGAAUUACCAUACGCAUUCUUCACGGAAGAGCAAAAACAAUAUUUAGAUAUACUCGUUAAAUUUUCAGGCCGAACCUAACGCACGCGAUUAGUUUCAAGCCAAGCCAUACCAAGCAAAAAAUAUGUACCAAAGGCAUAUUAUUUAGCAAUUCCUCAAAAAUAAUUUCAUUCUGAUGACAGCUGAUGAGCAAUACGAUUUUAAUUAAGCAGAUAAAGUGCUAUCAGAAUAGACUACUAUUGGCGCAUUACUAGGGUUUGGCAUUUCAGCGAUAACGAUGCUUUACUUCAUUAAUUCUAGACCAUUACACAAGAAACUUUAUGGAGAAAUGUUCACAAGUGGAAUCUUAGGUCUGAUGUUUGGCUUGUCAUUCUAUCAAUACCAUAAUUAUCAAUACAGGGAGAAAAUUCACUAGAUGUAUGUUAAAUUAUUGGCCACAAAAAAAUUAGGGAGAAUCUGAGAACAUAUUUAAUUAAAC